AUCUACAUCCAUUAACGGAGCUUUAAUUUAUCGCUAUAACUAUUGACAGUUUCUCUGAAGACACUUACAGCAAAUGAGGGCGAAAGUUUUGUUUUGGUCUUUUCACGCGUGACAACCCCACAAGGACACACAGGAGUAAUUAUGCCCUUAAGAAAAAGAGACACAGCCAGGGCAAUAAGCCUUCUGGAGGACUACUGUUCCAAGCUGAAGAAACCAGAGGAACAACAGCUCAAAACUGCCAUCUUAAGAGUCAUGGGCAUCUUCAAAAGCAGCCUGUUCCAAGCUCUCAUAGAUAUCCAGGAGUUUUAUGAAGUAACCCUGUUGAACUCUCAGAAGAGCUGUGAGCAGAAGCUGGCUGAGGUUAAUCACAUGGCUGAGCAGUGGGAAGACAAUGCCGCUGGCUCGACGUCCCCAACCGAGGCACCUCAGCCAGCCUCGACACCACCAGAGUUGGGAGAGGAGAGGUGCAUGGAGCUGACAGUGAACGAGCCAGCUGCAGAAAACACCAAUACAGAGAACAGGCCUCCGGCAGUACAGGGCCCCCAGCAGCAAAGCCAUUCUCCAGCAUGUAUGAACCCAGCCCUGAUGAGCUCCCCCUGGUACCGGUAUCAGGAUGACGAUUCCCCUCCUCCCGAACACGGUUUCCCACGUCUUACCAAUGAGGUUCGGGCACCGGAGCUGGUACACGUGUCAGAGAAGAACCUCUCAGAGAUUGAGAAUGUGCACGGCUAUGUUUCCCACUCUCACAUUUCGCCGCUUAAGGCAAGCCCUGCCCCAAUUAUUGUCAACACGGACACUUUGGAAUCUGUACCUUACGUAAAUGGGACAGAAAUUGAAUAUGAAUUUGAAGAGAUUACAUUAGAGCGGGGUAACUCAGGGUUGGGGUUUAGUAUAGCAGGCGGUACAGAUAACCCUCACAUUGGGGACGAUCCGGGAAUCUUCAUCACCAAGAUCAUCCCUGGUGGAGCUGCAGCUGAAGAUGGCAGACUCAGAGUGAAUGACUGUAUAUUGCGUGUGAACGAGGCAGAUGUGUCGGAGGUUUCACACAGUAAAGCAGUGGAAGCUCUAAAAGCUGCCGGAUCGAUUGUGCGGCUCUAUGUGCGCAGAAGAAGGCCAAUGCUGGAGUCCGUUACCGAAAUCAAACUCAUAAAAGGACCAAAAGGGCUCGGCUUUAGUAUUGCAGGUGGUGUGGGAAAUCAACACAUCCCUGGAGAUAACAGCAUUUAUGUCACUAAAAUCAUCGAUGGGGGCGCAGCACAGAAGGAUGGCAGGUUGCAGAUUGGAGACAGAUUACUCAUGGUGAAUAACUACACUCUAGAAGAUGUGACCCAUGAAGAAGCAGUGGCCAUAUUGAAGAACACAUCUGAUGUGGUGUACCUAAAGGUUGGGAAACCCACAAGUGUCUAUCUCUCAGACCCCUAUGGGCCUCCUGAUAUCACACACUCAUUCUCACCCGCUAUGGAAAAUCAUAUCUCUUCCCCCGGUAAUAACGGCACUCUGGAAUAUAAGUCCAGUCUUCCACCCAUCUCCCCCGGCAGAUAUUCCCCCCUGCCCAAGCACUUGCUGGGGGAAGAGGACAUUAACAGGUUGGAUGGUUUUUCAUUCCUACGAAAUCCCUCGUUAGAUGAAAUGGAAGGUCACAGGUUUGAUUCCCAGCACUUCCAGUUGAGGCCUCCAGAGCCAGUUUACAGCACUGUGAACAAACUGAGUGACCGUGCUCCCUCUCCCCGCCUCUACUCCCCUGUGGAGUUUGAUAAAAGCCCCAUGCACUCAAUCCCCCACUUCCCUCAUUAUCACAUAGGCCUGCUACCUGACUCCGAGAUCACCAGGGAACCCAGGAAGAUCGUUCUACAUAAAGGCUCAACAGGGCUUGGCUUCAACAUCGUAGGAGGAGAAGAUGGAGAAGGCAUUUUCGUCUCCUUCAUACUGGCAGGAGGGCCUGCAGACCUCAGUGGAGAGCUGCGGAGAGGAGACCAGAUCCUUUCCGUAAAUGGAAUCGAUCUGCGGGGUGCCACUCAUGAACAGGCAGCAGCUGCACUGAAAGGGGCGGGACAGACGGUAACCAUCAUCGCCCAAUACCGACCAGAGGAACUUGCCCUGUGCUCUCCACGCCGGGCGCCGCCUCCAACUGCAGAAUACGGGCGUUUCGAGGCCAAAAUCCAUGACUUGCGAGAGCAGAUGAUGAACCACAGCAUGAGUUCCGGAUCCGGCUCCCUUAGAACCAAUCAGAAACGCUCUCUCUAUGUCAGGGCUCUGUUUGACUAUGAGAGGGCGAAGGACAGUGGUCUGCCCAGUCAGGGCCUGAGUUUCCGAUAUGGAGACAUCCUCCACGUCAUCAAUGCCUCUGACGAUGAGUGGUGGCAGGCUAGGAGAGUGACGCAUGAAGGGGACAGUGAAGAGAUGGGCGUCAUCCCCAGCAAGAGGAGAGUGGAGAGAAAAGAGAGAGCUCGCCUAAAGACGGUUAAAUUCAACGCAAAGCCUGGGAGCCUUGAUUCUAAAGGGUCAUUCAGUGAAAAGCAUAGAAAGAACUUCAUCUUUACACGCAAGUUCCCUUUCUACAAGAACAAGGACGCCGACGAGCAAGAUGGCAGCGACUCGGAACGGAGUCAAGAGGAGUUGAUACUCUCCUACGAACCUGUCAUUAGACAAGAGAUUCAUUACGCAAGGCCGGUUAUAAUCCUGGGACCCAUGAAGGACAGAGUCAAUGAUGACCUAAUCUCUGAGUUCCCGGACAAGUUUGGAUCGUGCGUGCCACACACUACCAGACCAAAGCGAGAUUAUGAAAUGGAUGGGAGAGAUUACCACUUCAUGAUCUCACGAGAGCAAAUGGAGAAAGACAUCCAAGAGCACAAGUUCAUUGAGGCGGGACAGUACAAUGACAAUCUGUACGGAACAAGUGUCCAGUCUGUGAAAUAUGUGGCUGAGCGGGGCAAGCACUGCAUACUUGAUGUGUCUGGGAAUGCCAUAAAACGACUACAAGUAGCACAACUCUACCCUAUUGCCAUCUUUAUUAAGCCUAGAUCCAUUGAAUCCCUAAUGGAAAUGAAUAAGAGGUUGACGGAGGAACAGGCCAAAAAGACGUACGACCGUGCCAUGAAACUAGAACAGGAGUUUGCUGAGUACUUUACAGCACUGGUUCAAGGGGACACGCUAGAGGACAUUUAUAACCAGUGUAAGAUGGUGAUAGAGGAACAGUCUGGGCCUUACAUCUGGAUUCCCUCGAAAGAAAGACUAUAAAAAAUCACCUUACCCUGGCAGGGAACUUGGACU